CCGACUCUGUUCCGGCGUCAAAACUUCACCUCUCACCGGCGCACUUAUAACCCGACCGUAUCGCUAACACACUGCACCAAACCCGCACGGAUCGCGUCGUUUCUUGUCUCCACCGACAUCGUGGUAUACGCACUGUUUCAGAAUACUGUGACGGCGAUCGCAGACUACCGGUGACAGAUAUAUAUAUACAUAAAAAGACACCUCCACGACCAUAACCAUGGUCGGCACAAGACACUUGGUAUUUUUGGGCGUAUACGCCCUCGUGUACGCGCGAUCGUCAGCCGCCUCUCCCGUCUACCAAGAAGAAGACGACCACUACGACGGGCACCACCACCACGAACACCAUCACGGACCACCGCCAGCCACGUCGUACGCCACCAUAUCGACGACGCACGUCAAAGUGCAACAUCCGCCGGCAGCGCCCACAAAGUACGCGACGCCGUACAAAGAGUAUCUGACGCAACCGCAAGUGGCGUAUAAGUAUAUAUCACUGCCAUCGGCCGUCGCUCUACAACAAGCCGGUAAAUUCGAAGAGCCGUCCACAUCGGGCUACAAGUACCUGGCCGCGUCGCCCACGUACAAGUACGUACAACCGCCGGCGGUGACCACCGAACCAGAAGCCGCGGAAGAGCCGACCAACUCGUUGAAGUAUGCGCUCAAAUACGAACAGAAUUCUUUCAAACAAGAACAGGAACAACAGCAACAGUUACAGCAGCAAUUUCAGCAGCAAGAAUAUGAACAGCCGGCUAUUCAGUACAAGUACAUAGCAGUACCGUCGUACAAGUAUGUGCAACAAGUGGCCGCGGAACCAGAAUACGGUCAACACCAUCAGCAACAGCAACAAGUUGCUAGUUCUUACGACUACACUGACGACAAGCAAUAAUAAUUAAUUAUAAUAAAUUCUAUUAACGGCGGUUAUGUAAAAUCCCAAUACCUAAGCAAUAGCGUAGUGAACUCAAACAUUGUUAGAGGCGAUCAUAAUUUUUUUUUAUCCAGUACCGUCACUUUAAAUUUAUAAACAUUAAAUCUUUAAGUACCAGUUGCAGUUUGCGACAAAUCGCACUCGAUAAUACACGACAUGAUGACACUCACUUGAAAAAAAAAACUGCUUAGUCGCCUCUCAAAUAUACCUCCUUCGUUACGCUAUUGCCGAAAAUUGCCUGGACAGUGCGAUAUACCACGUCGCUCACCAUUUUAGCCCACCACUUCGAUCUAUACUCUUACAACAUAUAUAUUAUUUGUACAUGUUUCAUUUUUAUGAGUGACCAUUAAAAAAAAAAAGUUUAAUCUCAUCACGUUAGCAUAUAACAUAACGUUUGUCGUUUAAUCGCGCAGGGACUAUUUCUGUCUCUCAAUCUUUCUUUCUCUGUCGUCCGUUAAAUCACGCCAAUGAUUAUUUUAAGUAUAUAUUAUUGUAUAAUUUUCUGUAUGCAUACCUACAUAUGGUAUCCUGCCAUAUUUUUUGCAUCUUUCUACAAAUUUAGAGAUGUAAUUGCUUGUUAUAUAAUGCAAAUACGAUUACAUUUUGUACUUUAAUUAUAGUAUAAUUCUUUUAUUUAUAUUAUUAUUUACAUAAUAUGUUUACUAUAUAAUAUAUGCAGUAUAUUACGAUUAUAUA